AUGAAGAUUCAGGUGAUUUCGAAGGAGACAAUUAUGCCAUCCUCGGCAACUCCUAGUCCAGUCCAGACCUACAGAUUCUCUCUUUUAGACCAGCUUGCUCCUCCAUUCUAUGUCCCUGUGGUUUUGUUCUAUUCCGCCCCUGACCCUGAACAAGAUUUCGAUCACGUGAACAUCUAUGAGAAGCUGAAGACUUCCCUAUCAGAAUGUCUGAGCUGCUUUUACCCAUUGGCUGGUCGGAGCAAGGGAGAUGAGCACGCGGUUGACCUCGGCCAAGGAGCAGUCUUCGUGAGAACUCGUGUUAAUGCUCGACUCGCCAAACUCCUUGCAAACCCAGAACUGAAAUUGAUAGUCACAAAGAGGUUCGAGUUUGAUUCGGCCAGCUUAGCCGCUUUGAGAACCAAAGCUGGCGAUGGGUCGACAUCUAAAAGUCCAACUCUUAUUGAAGCCGUGACCGCUCUUAUAUGCAAAGCUGCCAUGAAUGCUAGAACUGAAAUAUCGGGGAACGGAAGGUCCUCAACCGUGAUAUCGCAUGUGGUAAAUUUAAGAGGAAGAAUGAACCCUCCUCUGCCCGAUCACUCUUUUGGCAAUAUCUGGAGAUUCGCCACUGCAACCAUUAAGGAGGAAGAAGAUGAUGCAGAACUGCACGUUUUGGCGGAUCACUUGAGGACAGCGAUAAGGAAGAUCGACGAUGAUUACGUGAGGAAACUUCAAGGUGAGGGCCUGCGAAUCUAUGAGAGAAGUGCACGAACUGAUGUAUAA